UUAAAGAAGAGGGAGAGAGAGAAAGGCAUUCCAAUCAAAUCAGUCAGUGCUCACACCUUCACAUACACACACGAUAAGUGCAGUGUAAAAGAGAGAAAGCAGCACAAUCAGCAGCUCCCACAGACCUACAACCCAGCACGGAGCAACAGCUGAUUAUGAAAUGAGUGGUGUACGCAAUUAUCAGAAGUUGAAUCACGAAGAUUGCAUGGACAGUGGUAUCUUUGAAAUAGAGAACAGCAGAAACAGGAAGAUAGAUGGUGGAGGCUACUCAGACAAUGUUGUCACAGAGGUGAUAACAACAAAAGUGACCUCACUCCCACCACGAGGCACUUACAGUAGCACUGGUUCUUCCUCGCGACGCCAGAUUGUCACAGGAGGGGCUGGUACAGAGGGCACCAUAACCAGCUAUAACAGCAUACAAGGACGAGGCACUGCCGGGGGAUAUUCACGUACCCGAUUUCCCAGUUCCACACUUUCCAUUUCACCAGAUACAACGUUGGAACGGAAAACGUUUGUCAGCCGGAAUGGAGGAUAUGAGGGAAGUUCCAGUGGCAAUUCCUCCCCAGAAUUCUCUCGAAAAGAAUUCAGUACCUCAAACACUAGGGGGAGGAGUCAGAGUCGAGAGAGUGCAAUCCGGGCCCGGCUGCAGAGUGCUUCACCAUCCGGACGAUGGACAGAGUUGGAUGAUGUGAAGCGAUUGUUGAAAGGCAGCCGUUCGGCCAGCAUCAGUCCACCUCGCACAGCCACAAACACCCUGCCAUACCCCAAAAAGGCCGUUGUGGAAACCAAGAUGGUGAGCGCAAGCACACAGUCAGUGUCUGGGAGAUAUGAUACUGCUAUCCUGAAUGCUGCUUUACCUGCCUACAUCUGGACUACGCCUGUACCAGCUGGUGGCUCCAACAUCGGAGUGACAGAGUAUCACAACAACCUCUCCUCGGCUGGGACACAGGUGUUCAAUACAACAGGAUCCACCUCUCUAAUGGCAAAUGAAAUCCAGAAUAACAAAGCUACAAGCUCAGUGACGGGGACUGUGGGAGUGACCACUUCAACAGUUCAAGGGGUUCAGAACAAUCUAACAGCCACACCCAGUUUGGUCACUAGUCCGACACAGACACAGACCCAGACUCAGACUAACUCCAGCUCAGCAGUGGGGAUGCAGAAGAACCUUGUUUUGAAUUCCAGUGGUGUUACCACGGGCCAGACUAGCUCCACAGUGGGCUCCACUGGCACUAACGACAUUUUACAGAAAGACUACAAGUUUUUGCUGCUGGAGAAGGAAAAUACUCCUCCCAAAAAGGACACGGAGCUUCUGAUCAUGACCAAGGACAGCGGCAAACUCUUCACCGCGUCUCCUGCCACCUUCACUGCGUCAACCACAGAUGACACAUUGAAGAAAGAGACGAUGGGGAUGAGCAGCACUGCACCAAGGCUGAAUGGUCAAACAAAUGGAGGUUUGAAGAUGGCGACUAAAGACAAGGCAACAUAUGCAGAGAUCCGAUCAAGUGAGGAGAACAUGGGCUCCCUGCCUUCCUGGUGCUCCUGCUGUCGCUGCUGCACGUGGUGGAAGUGGCUGCUGGGACUGCUGUUGGCCUGGUUACUGCUCCUAGGCCUCCUGCUUGGCCUUAUCGCACUGGCGGAAGAGGUGAGGAAGCUGAAAUCCCGUGUCAGCGAACUGGAAUCAAGACCAACCUUUGGGAAGCUGAUUUCUGAUGAUGUUAAUAUCCCGAAGAAAGAAUCAGAUAAUCAGCUGGGUACAGCAGCUGGUGGCUCAGAAACAAACAUUGAACAUAACCUAUGGAACCGGAUAAAAAACAAAUUAGACACCUCAGAAUAUCAAGAAUCAGUGCGAGGACGACAGGGUCCUCCAGGGAUUAAAGGUGAACAAGGAUUUCCCGGAAUCCCAGGUCCAAUGGGCCCUCAUGGAGCUCCUGGACAUGACGGUCAAAGAGGACCAAAAGGAAACACAGGUGAACCUGGAGAGAAAGGGGCGAAGGGAGCUUCAGGUGAUUCUGCGUCAUUUGCAAAAGGAGAGCGAGGUGAACCAGGUCUACCUGGUCUUCCAGGACUACCAGGAAUGAAAGGUCCCUCUGGACCAGUUGGUCCUCAAGGUCCUCCAGGAUCUUCAGGGAUCAAAGGUGACACUGGCCAUCCAGGUCCUAAAGGUGAAAAAGGAUUGAGUGGCAUUCCCGGGUCUAAAGGUGAUAUGGGAGAGAGGGGUUCUCGUGGUUUACAAGGUGAACCAGGUCCUCGGGGACAGCCCGGUGUCGCAGGAGAACCAGGGCAGAAGGGAUCAACCGGAUCUCAAGGAGCCGAUGGUCACCGUGGACUCCGAGGUGAACCGGGAGUUCGAGGUUUACCAGGAUUACCAGGAACUGCUGGCCCUCCUGGUCAACCUGGUGCACCAGGAAAGGUCAUUAACUACGGUGGGUCAAAUGGAAAACCAGUUGUACAGGGACCACCAGGACCUCCUGGACCACCGGGAGCCCCAGGACGAUCAGGCGAGAGUAUUGCUGGACCACCAGGACCUGCAGGUCCUAAAGGGGCCUCUGUCGAAGGACCUCGGGGACCACCCGGACUGCCCGGUGCUGCUGGUGUUCCAGGGCCUCGAUUACCUGGACCAGCUGGACCCCCGGGACCUCCUGGACCUCGAGGUGAAGCUGGUCAACCAGGAUUACCUGGUGCCUCUGGCCGUGGUGAUUCAUACCUUCCUGGCCCCCCAGGACCACCAGGACCCCCUGGACCCCCUGGAAGGAAAGGUGACAGAGGUGACAGAGGAGACGUUGGAAUUCCAGGGGCUCCAGGUAUUCCUGGAAGAUCUUCACGAGUUACGUCAACUGAAGGAGGCCUUCAAGGACCCCCUGGACCUCCUGGCCCACCAGGACCACAAGGACCUCCAGGAGAAUCCGGAUCGACCUCCAGGACUAACGUUAGACAGACAGUGAUGGAAUACCUCCAGACUGAUGGUGUUCGCCGAUCAAUUGCGGGACCACCAGGACCACCCGGACCACCCGGUCCAAAAGGAGAUCGCGGAGCAAUCGGACGUCAGGAAUAUUCGGAAAUCUCCAACAAAGUCAUUGACUACAUGAGAAGUUCAGGUGUGGGUUUCGGUGCAAGAGGACCUCCAGGACCUCCUGGCCCUCCAGGAACUAUGUCGACUGCUGAUCUGAAUCUCUACCUUCAGAAUGAGGAUAUCCAGCGAUAUCUUCGGGGUCCCCAAGGACCUCCCGGAGCCCCUGGCCCACGAGGGGAUGGGAUGAGUCGGGCAGAGCUGGAGGCUUACAUCACCGAUUAUACCAGAAGUUGGGCGGCUGGGUCAGGCCGACCUGGGCCUCCAGGACCCCCAGGAGUUCCUGGUACCCCAGGAACUAUUUCGCUAUCCGGGGAUCUCAGUGUCAUGCUCCAGGAUGAGAAUGUUCGGCGAUAUUUGAUGGGUCCACCAGGACCUCCAGGACCCCCUGGACGCCCAGGUUAUUCAGCAUCAGAAGGAACAACCAAUGUUCGGCUCAAUUACCAAGACAUUGCUACCCGUGUUCAAGAUUAUAUGAGGAGUUCAGGAAUGAGUUUUGGGGUCCAAGGACCACCUGGUCCUCCUGGAUCACCAGGCACUGUGUCUAGCACUGAGCUGAUGGCUCUUCUACAGACCUCUCCCUUUAGGCGGAUCCUUGGACAGCCGGGACCUCCUGGACCACGGGGUCUGCCAGGACCAGCUGGACCCCCUGGGCUUGGGGGUGGAAACUUCCGCAUUGAAGAUGUCGUUUCCUAUAUUCAAAACUCGGGUUAUAGCAUCGCAGGCCCUCAAGGACCCCCAGGACCACCAGGGCCUCCAGGAUCACCAGGAACUGGAGGAGGUUUAUAUCCUGAAGAUCGGCAGCAAAUGAAGAGUGAGAUUAUUGAAUAUUUCUCAAGUGAUAGAAUGAGACCAUACAUUACUGGACCAGCAGGACCCCCCGGACCCCCCGGACACAUUGUAUAUUCUGAAGUAGCUCCACGCCUUGCUCAGUAUAUGAAAGAUAAUGGGCUGAUUGAUACUCGCACCAUCAUCAUUGGGGGUUCUGGUCGUCACAGAGUAUUCUGGCAAGAUGGAACAGACAGAAAUAAGACCGAACUGGAGGAGUACCUGAGAGAUUAUGGAGUUGAUCUGGGGUCGGUGAAUGGAGGACAAGGGAAUGUCCAGGGUGAAGGAGGUAACACGUGGAGUGUGCACACGUCACAUAGUUCAUCCCAACCAUCAGGGGUACCUGGAGCGUCUGGCCGUUUUGUGUUUGACUGGGAGAAUGCAUUCAAUGGGAACAGGACAGCUUAUGAGAAAUACCUCCGAGAAAAUGGCUGGACUGUGUACAGGUCACCUGGCUCAAGAGAAUCUGGGACAUCUGGCGUUCUCGAAGACAAUUGGGAGAAAUUCUUCAAUGGGAACAGGACAGCAUAUGAAGAAUACCUGAGAGGUUUUGGUGCACAUUCAGCAGCAUCAGGAAGUGGUGCAAGACGGACAGGAGGAGCCAGUCGAUCACACCAUUCGUCAUCUAGCUUCUCCAACCAGUCAGAUGGAUCUGGAACUCAUCGUGUGUCUGAAACGUCACACAGCUCUUCCAGUCAAUCAUCUGCCUCUAGUUCUUCACAUUCCUCAGGAGGAGUUUGGCAUGACGGGACCUACAGGAGCGAUGCAGAGUUAGAGGAAAUGCUAAAAGAGAAACUUGGGGAAUCUUAUGCCACAUGGCUAUCACAUGCCAACCUCAAGAUGCAGUCUGAUCAGAAGGAAAGGAGACGGAAAUCUACAGGUCGGUCUUCACACAGGCGGACCAGACGACGAGCUCAUGGUCUAAAGUGAUGCAGCGACUCGGGUAGAGCAGGAUCAAGGGGCUGACUCCUGCUUCUAUUCUUCUGGCUACAGGCAGCAACUUUGCCUGCAUCUCACCCUCUUUAUUCAGCAGCUUAACAUCAGAAGAAAAACUCAUGCAAAUUUCUUUUCUGUGCCUCUAUAAUACAGCACGUUAAUCGUGGAUUCUAAUUGCACAGUAAUUGUAACCAUGGAAACAGAUCUGUGAGGAUACUGCUGUAUGAACUUCCCCCUCCGCAUUCUCUAUUUGUUCCUGCAGCAUUGCCAUUCGAUGCCACAAAUCUCUGAAUUACCUUGCAUUUCAGUGGUCACAUGGGUCAUAAACAACGUUGUCCUCUAAUCAUUAAAGCCUGUUCAAAUAUAAACAGGAGCAGGAGAAUACCUUCCUCUCCCUGGGCCCUUCUCUAUUAUUCAGCACAAUCUGGCUGACCUUCCACCUUAACACCACUUUUCCACCUGCUCGCCAUGCCCAUGGAUUCCUUGAGAGACAAAAAAAAAUCCAUUGUGGAUGUGUCAUACUGAAUCUUUCAAAAGUUCUGCUCAGGAGCCAACUUGCAUCCAGUUCUGGAUACCACACUUCUGGAAGGAUAUGAGGGUCCUUGAGAGGAUACAGAAUGAUUCCAGGGAUAAGGGACUGAUUUAGUUAUGAGGUUAGGUUGAAGUGACUCUACUUGGACAGGAGACGAGGGGAGAUUUGAUAAAGGUGUAUGAGAUUAUAAUUGGCAUAAGGCACAAUAUAAAGUUGUACCCAUCAGUGGAUGGUACAAGAACCAGGGGACACAUUUAAGAUUUUGUAUAGAAGAUGAAGGGGGACUGUGGUAAUAACCUGGAACUUGCUGUCCAUGAGGAUAUUGGAAGUGAGAAAUAUUAAUGAUUUCAAAGCAAAGUUGAAAGGGGAUUGAAAGGAAAUGAACACAGAGCCAUAGGGAUUGAGCGUGUGAAUGGGAUUGAUUGGAUUGAUAGCUGGCACAGAGGCGAUAGGACAUUUGGCCUCCUUCUGUCCUAUAAACAACCCAUAUUUUUAUAUUUUCAAUGAUGGAGCAUCCACAGCCAUUGGGGUAGAGAAAUCCAAAGCUUGAUAAACCUUUUAUGUGAAGAAAUGUUCUAAUCUCAGACCUAAAUAACCAUCCCUUUAGGCUUGUCGGUCAGUGCUGCCAAGCUUUCAGAAUCUGGGUCCUUUCAGUCAACGGUAAGGGAGCAGACUCGUGCUCAUCCCACCGUUGUGUUCAUAUAGCUGAUGCCCAAUAUCAACAAUCGAACAGAAUUAUUGAAAGACCCAGCAGAAGGGCUGUGGUCUCCAGUUCAGGAUAUUCAAUAUACAGGUGACACACCCCUCCCAGUGUGGGAGGAUGGUGGAACCCCACCCAAUACAGGCAGAUAGCUGACAGCCCCCUGCCAUUCCUCCUUCCAAACCCCUCAGCAAUUGUGGGCAACAUCAGAGGAGAAAGCCAGAAUCAUUGGGAAUAACAUCACCUUUACAAUCCCAAAUCCUCUUCAUGAGGGAGUAGCCAAUAACAACUAAACAUGACUCCCUGAUGUGGAAUCUACUAUGUUGCCAACCUCAUACAGCAGUGAAGAAGGGUUUAUGAAGCAGAUGAAUGGUUUUGAGAGAUAGUGACAGCACAGCCUGCUUUCUUCUCUAGACGAUGAUAGUUACCUUGAGGUUGAAGGUAGAGAGGAGAGAAUCCAUGGUUUAAGAGCCAGCAUGAGCUCUGAAUGAACAGAAUGACCACUGCCCAAUGUCUGGGUAGCCCUAGGACGAGAGGAAUGAUUCAGCUGUUGUGUUUACAUUUGUUUGUACAGUUUAGUUCUUGCUUUGAUGGUUCUCUUGUGCAUCAGGUUCCUAUCGGUUACAUAGGUGCCACUAACCAGCUGACUAUUUUACAGCCUGUCUUAUUUAAAAAUUGUAAAAUUUUUCUUUUUGGAAUAAAAUAAUUUUUUAAAAAGAAAUAAAACAAAGUGGAUUCCUCACCAGAUUUAUUCAACACCUGCCAAAGCAAUGUUCCUAACAAACUCCAAGCCAAUGGUGGCCACGGUUGCUCUGUCAGCCUGAGAUCAGACUUAGAACUGACUGUCAGCUUCACCUUACCUAGGGACUGCAAUCAAUGCUGCCCACAGGUCAACACUGCUUUGGCCAAGUUGCAAAGGCUGGCCACACUAUGUUUUGAAUUUCAGGGCAGAGUGAGGAGGUUUUAGGAAGGGUGGGGCAAGGGCACGAAUGAGUGAUGAAAGUGUAAUCUCAGUAAAUUCUGUAACUACUAUAACAUUCCCUGUCUGCUCUCACCUAGUUUUGAUUUAAUGUGGCAAUACUGCUUUCCUUAGAGGAUCCUAUUUCAGAUUUGUAAUCCAACCUGCUGUUUCUUUUGUUCAUGGGGGUGGGAAUAUCUCCCCUGAACUCCAGCCAUUGGGAUAGCGUUUUUGAAAUCCUCUCAUGUUACUGAGAGUCACACUCUGCUCUGAAAGCUUCUCUUGGUUCAGAGUCAUUAUGACACAGCCUAGUGGCUGAGUCAAAUGAGGCAAACUCAAUCCCCUUUCCCCCUUUGUCAUGAGGUUGCUCACUCAUUAAUCUGGUUAAAGAGGACCCUCAACCAUUUAUCAAUAACUGGUCAGAAUAUGCCCCCAAGCAGCCUUACAGCUGCGUGAUUGUGUUUAAUGAGUGCAAGGUUCUAAAAUCAGUCGCUGGUUCUAGGUUGGGUGAUGGUAAAUAGGGACUGAGAAACCAGACCUGGCUAACAACACAGGGCCUCGUCACCAGCCCAGCACUGGCUGCCUGGGUAGUGAUGGGGAGAAUGGCCAACACCACCUGGCACCCAUUACAGUGCCUUUAACCCCUUCAGGAGGGUUUCCACUCCAGGAAUGGUUCCUCGGUCCCACUAUGCAUUUGCUCUUCCCUAAAUUGCUGCUAUUCCUUCUCCAAGUGAGUCUGUCAAACAUUUCAAUAAAUACUUUUAGCAUAAA